AUGGAGGGGACGGUAGCCUUGUUGAAGACGUCUCCGGUUCGAGUCGGCGAUGACGUGGAUGACUCAACUGUGUACUUUCAUCAUCUUUUCUGGACGUUUCCUCCUUGUAUUGAAGCUUUCCGACAUUGCAAGCCAUUGGUCAGCAUAGACGGUACUCAUCUGUAUGGCAACCUCGUGGAAGGGGAAAAUGCCGAGUCGUGGUCUUUCUUCCUGACCAACCUGCGCCAACAUGUGACUCCGCAACAGGGGAUACUGGUCAUCUCAGAUAGGCACAAUGGCAUCAAGACUGCACUAGAGAACCCUAACAGUGGGUGGUUACCCCCUCAUGCGUACCGAGCAUUUUGUAUUUGGCAUGUUGCAGCUAACUUCGUACUCAGUUUCAAGGGCACGGAUGCAAAGCGCUCGCUUGUGAACGCUGCUUAUGCGAAGACUGAGGCAGAUUUUCACUAUUGGUUUGAUAUAAUGCGGACUAAGAAUCCGGCAAUGUGUGAUUGGGCAAACAGAAUAGAAUACAAUAAGUGGACUCAGCACCAGGAUGGUGGUAGACGAUUCGGUCACAUGACGACCAAUAUAUCUGAGUGUGUUAAUUCUGUUCUGAAGGGUACACGAAAUCUUCUGGUUACCGCCCUUGUGAAGUCCACAUAUGGUCGGCUAGCGGAGUUGUUUGUGAUUCGUGGUCAGACGGCAGAGGCUCAGUUGGCCAUCGAUGCCAAGUUUUGCCAGUCUUUUAUGAAGGCGAUGGAGCGUAACUUGAGAGACUCUAGGUGCUUCACUGUCACCCUGUUCGAUAGCCACCAGUCUGAGUACACCGUUGCCGAGACGACACCGACCGGGAGCUUUUCACUUGGGACGUACCGAGUUUCCCUUCAGGAUCGUACAUGCGACUGUGGAUACUUUCAGGCUCUCCAUUAUCCAUGUUGCCAUGCGAUUGCAUGUUGUGCCCAGUCACGGCUUGAUUGGUCUAUCUAUGUCGACGAAGUCUACACCAUGCAAAAGGUGUUCAGGGUGUACCAGAUGAGUUUUGUGCCGCCAAUACCAGAGGGACUUUGGCCACCUUAUGACGGUCCGAUCGUUAUUCCGGAUCCUAGCUUGAGGCGUUGUUGUGAUGAGCGACUGAGGUCUACUAGAAUCCGGAACAACAUGGAUGAGGCCGACCCUAACCAACCGAAGUGA